GAGAGUUUCGGAGUCCCUAAACGCCAUUCGCCCCCUUCCCUCCUUCUCCUUGCCAUGAAUUUUUUCCCUCUUUGGUUGUUUUGUGAUCCGAUUGACACGAGAGGCGUUGCCUCCGACUUCCCAAUUAUGACUAUUGCUGUCUUACUCCUCAGGCAUUGAGCAUCUUCACCACCCCCCGACGCCAUCAUGUCGUCCUCUCCAGCCAGCGACCCUGCUGCUGAGGCUGCUGCCAUGGCUGCGGCACAACAGGCUGCCGAAGAAUUCUACCGAGAAGUCUGGACACUUCUCGGUGUUGCUUUCUUGGUUGUAGUGCUCAGGACCUUCGCCCGGUAUAGGGCUGUUGGAUUCAGAAACUUCCAGCCAGAUGACUACCUGGUGUGGCUUGCAUUGACAUUUCACGGCAUUGAGAGUGGCCUCGCCUACUCCGUCGGUGCGUGGGCCCAUGGUUUGGCCAACAACGGUAUGACCGAUGAGGAACGGGCCGCUUUGUCUCCCGGUGACCCUGAAUACGAGCUGAGAGUGAGGGGCUCCAUCAUUCAGCUCUGCGGAUGGUCGAGCUACUCGAUAGUGCUAUGGUCUCUCAAGGCCGCGCUGCUAGUGCUGUAUAUGCGACUGACGGACGGCCUCGCACGGAGCUACAUCAUUCGCAUAUAUGUUGGCUUCGGAAUCGUCGUCAGCACCUGGCUCAUCGUCACGCUGAACCUUUUCCUUGCUUGCCGUCCUUUCCACAGGAUGUGGCAGAUCCACCCUGACCCAGGAAACGUCUGCCAACCUGCGGUAUCGAAUCAAGUCGUCUGGGGCUACUACACGUUCAACGUCUUGACCGACCUGUACCUCCUUUCGAUUCCUUUGCCCUUGCUCUGGGGAACGACGCUCAAGACGUACAAGAAAGUGGGCAUGAUCGUCCUGUUUGGCGGAGGCAUGUUCGUCAUCGUCUGUGCCACACUGCGCUGCGUCUACAUCGUCACCGAUCCCAUCAACGGCGCCCAAUUAGCCGGGUCCUGGGCUGUCCGCGAAACGUUCGUCGCCGUCGUCACAACAAACCUACCUCUCAUCUUCCCGCUCGUCAAGAGCUGGUUGACGCCCAUGCUCGGACCGCUGAUGAGCUCGGUGCGCUCAACGAAGAGACUCACCGACGGGACGCCAAAUGAACUCCGUACCUUCGGUGGCGGUGGCGGUUCGGGGCCUAGCUGGCGCGGUCGCGGACCUCCGACUGCGAACCCUAUCACCAACUUCACGUUCACCGAAAGCGAGGAGCGUAUGGUCGGCGAUGCGAAGAUGCAGGACGCCGCCAAUAAUACAUGGGCACAUGACCCAAAUGGAGAUGCCGGCGCCGGCUCGUCCGGGUUACAUAGCAUCCAGAAGUCGGUUGAGGUCGAGGUCGUCCGAGAGCCGCGGGCCAGUGGCGAGUACGAGCAGCCACAGCAGCAUCCGCACUCGCAGGUACCACAGCGGUCGCUUUCUCGAGGGCAUCACCAUCAGAAACACCCUUGGGAGAGAGGAGAACACUCGGCCUUUGCUAGUGGGCCCGGGUAAGGGUCAGAGUUGAGAGCAAGGAGAGGCUUGCGGGAGAUUCUCCCUCUCAGACCGAGUACGCCGUAGCUCGUUGAGGGGUUGUGGAAAACAAAACUACGUUGUGCGUGUACGGAUUAAAAGAGGAGGAUAAACAGAGGGCCAUUAAAAUAGUGUACAAAAAUCCCCACAGCUGCACAUAAUAAGAACCACACAGAAAGACGGGAGCUAAGUAAGCUCCGUACCUACCCCAACAGCUCCCCACUUGGUGCCCUGUCCUGUCCCGCUUUAACGCAGGAGCUACGAAUUCAGUACCAUAGUCGCGC